GUGAACUGUUGCCGACACGUUGAAGGCUCCUGAAACAAACACCACACGCUUCUAAAGCACGGAAACAACUGCACUGCACCAUGUCACUAAUCUGGGUUUUUGUACUGCUGCCAACCUUGACCUUGGCAGAUACCCUCAGUGACGCCACAGCUCUUCACGCUAAGCUGGACGCCAACAAAGACGGGGCACUCUCCAAAGACGAGAUCCUGACCGUGAUGACUAAGUUUGACGUCAACAAAGACAACGCUUUUACCACGACCGAGCUGAGUAACUUUGCUACAGCGUACAUACCGUCUGUUACCCAGUCCAUCGUGGCCUGGGGGAGGUACGUGGACACCAGCAAGGACGGGCUGAUCAGCCGCGCGGAAUUUGACGUGGCGUUUAACGCCAUGGACGGGAACAAGAACGGCAAGGUUGACAGUCUAGAGCUUGGCACGUACGCCGCCUUUAUGGCCCCCAUCAUAAUGUUUGGCUGAUCCUCCACCGAGGUAUUAAAUGACACAAGUUUCUGACAGCA